UGCAUCGAUCUCUUCGCUGCGUGGCCACCAUGUCUUCCUCCGCCGUCCGGCCGUGUUUCCUUUGCCUCCACGCUCCCGCUUCGUCCUCCGGCCUCCUCCCGACCAGCCGUCGGCAUCGCAGCAGCGCCCUGCCGCCGGCACAUGGGCGUAACAACCGGAAGCCCGUCGGCCACGCGAUCGUCUGCAGCCAGGCCGGCGCCGGCGAUGGUCACGCCAUGACGAUCAAAAUCAACCCCCGGGGUCGAGCGGAGAAGGAUUAUGAGUUCCGUGAAGAAGGAGACAGAAUUGAGGAGUACUUCAGGAAGUUUUCUAAUGCCGGCACAUUGCACAUGGGGUUAGCAACAAUAUUUCGAGGUUAUAUUUGCAGGAUCGCUAAAAAUUCUGUGAGGCUGGCUUCUAUUGUCAUGGGUAAGCCAGGCAUAAUUUCUGAAGAUGCACGUCUCACCACACUGAUGACUCCAAGAAAGGGAGAAAAGAUGGCUCUUGGGGUGUAUGUGCGCAACUUUGUCAGUACAGCCGAGGAUGCGUACAAUGAUAAGGUCACUGAGGAAACUAUUGUUACCUUUCUUGGUGCUCUUCAAGGUGUGGCAGCAAUGAGCUACUUCAUGGCCCAAGACACCCUUGCAAAUAUUGGUGAUGAUGAAGCUAGUUCACUGGACUGCGGUCCAGAUUCUGUUUUCAAUAGACCUUGGUUGGAGUACAUGAGGAAAACAGACAAUCUGAGACGUGAAUUCAAGACGGCUCCGCCACAAGACCCGGACGGGAUUGUGAUGAAUACGGUGACUGAAGCAAUGAAACUCACGGAGUCCUUUGUUAGAUUGAUGACUGUUCGUCGCAGAACUGCGCUACUAGGCCUUAUCCCAACUGUCACCACAGGCUCGGCGGCAGCAGUUUGAUGGCAAACCAUAUCUAUGCUUCAGAAAGAGAGUCACAAGUUCCUUGGAAGAUUAAUUGCAAGUCUGAAUCGGAUCAAGUCCACUUUAGUUUACCCAUAUGCAAUACAUGCAACUUUGUAUAAUAUUAAUACAGUUUUCAUGCGACAGUUCAGGUAGACAAUAUAUGGAAGACAGACUAGUGAUCUCACAGUUAAUCCAAAUUCCAAAUAUAUAUAA